GGUGGCGGAGUAGGAGUAGGAUCGCUAAAUCAUGGCAACCUUCAUGGAGCGGUUGGCUUUUCUACAGAAAGUGCCCACACUGAUGAAGGCCACAGCAGAUGAUGAAACCCCCUGUCCUGGCUACCUCUUCCAAGAGAUUGGAAAAAUCUCCCAUGAGUCUUUAGGCUGUGGCCAGUGUUUGUUGGAGUAUCUUUUGGAGAGACUGCAGGUUGAAUCCUGUUUUGUCAAACUCAAGGUUCUGAAGAUCUUUGUCCAUCUCUGCAGCCACGGUUCACACUAUUUCCUGAUUGAACUCAGAAGAAACUCCACCUUCAUCCAGCAGGCCUCAGUCCACAGCGGUCCUCCAGAUCCCAUCCAUGGCACAGCCUUGUACCAGAGAGUGAGGAACUCAGCACAGGAAGUGGCCAGGCUGCUUUUCACAGACACACUCUCCAACAGGAGUGUCUUUUCCCCACCCAGUUUGACUCCUCCUUCCAUAGGUAUGGGAUCAGCAACUUCCCACAGGUCAGGAAUGCAGGGCUUUGGAUACAGUCCAGGGAGACAGGGAACAGCAAGCACCGACUCUCUGCUGGACAAAAUCCAGAAAGCUGCAGAAGUCGUAGCCUCAGCUGUCCUCCCACCCACCGAACACCAGGGCAUCCGUCUGCACGAUAACCAUUACAGAGCCGUUGCAGCGCCCCCUGCACCUAUCGAGGUGGCUGUGCCAGCGUGUGCCUACAGUCUUCCUGCUCGCAAAUCAAAAGCAGGGACCAGACGUUGUCCAGGACAGGUAGGCGGAGGCUGGGAGGAGACAGACAGCUACAACAACUCCUCUCAUAACUCCUCUCAGGACAUCACGACCGACAGCAGAGCCUCUUUGGGCAGCAAGUCAGCCGACAUCAGGAGUGCCUCAGGGGGCAGUAGAGAGAGCAGCGGUGACCUCUCAGAGAGGGUUGAAGCUUUGCAGUUAGGGGACUGUGUCCAGGAGAUGGCGCUCAUCAGCAGACUGACUGAAGGCUCCAGAGUUUUCCUCUCCAGAGAAGAGAACCAGCACUUCAUCAAAGAGUGUUCCACUCUGAACUGUGAGGUUGUUGUGGAGCUGCUCUCCAACAAGCUGCAGGAUCCGUCAAACUCAGUGAAGAUGAGGGCUCUGUGUGCCAUCUCAUGCCUCAUGACGUCUGACCUCCUCUCUCUGGAGCAAAUGUUUGCAGCCAUACAGAAAAGACUUGGUCAGCUGAGAGAAGGCACACCAGGACCAGUGGCAAACAAAGCCACCAAGAUUUUGCUGCAGUUUGAAGCCCUUCUGAGCGGAUCUGUGAACUCGCCCAGACAGGAAACAGCCAACAGUACCGAGCAGUCAUCAACCAAUCAGAGUCCUUUAUCAACCUCAGACUCUUCAGUACCAAUUCACUUUGCCCAUGAAACCUACUUUAACAAUUGCCAAUCAGAUGUCUCUCCUGUAGAUGGCACCAAAAUACCAAAUCAUAAAUCUCCCAGUUCUGGUCUGAUCCUGAAUGACCAGGCAGGAGACUUGGUGAACGUCAGUGAUGAGGUCAAACUUUCUGCAGCCAGGACUGCUGACGUUAAGGCUGCUGAAGACCCAGAACUCAACAGGGACUAUGGUUCCAGACCAUCUCUGUUCAGUGGAAUGGAGCUGGUGGUGACCAAAGGAAGACUGGACAGAGAAGUGACUCAAAACAUCACAGGUACAACAGACCAUGACCUGAAACAGGAAAGUGCAGUGCUGGACAGUGACGGUCCAGAACAUUCAACCACAUUUAGUCCCAGUGAAAACCCAGCUUCAAGUUCUGGUUCAGAAAACAUCCAGCCAGUCUCCGCCUUCUCCUUCCUCACAUGCUGACCCAACAGUUAGGAGCCGGAACUGUUGUCCAAGAACAAAACAAUGAUGUCACCAUAGGUUAUAAACAGUAUCCUUUAAAAACAAGUCUUAUUAUUUAUUAUCAGUCUGAUCUGAGAUCAGUGAGGUUUUGACUGUAGAGUUUACAGAAACAUUUCUUGCUUUAUGUCUUUGAGGUUCAUUGGUACAAAGUUGGAUUUCAAGGACUAGUGUAUAGGGUUAGCGGUCAAGUGUUCAGAACCAUCCUUUUAGUUCUAGUUUGUCUUUGUGAGUGUUGGCCUGGACCUCAUGGACCAUAUACAGUACAAUCCUGACUGUACUGUACAUGGUCCAACCCCAAAUGGACCAGGUUUCAUUUCAGGUCUGCAACAAUUCUGACAUUCAGGUGUGGUAUGCUAUUCAUCUAUUUGUCAAAUCUAUGUAUCCUCCUGCUUUUCCAAAAAACGUUUUCUUUUUUUUGCUUGGUACGUUCCUUUAAAUAGCAGAUCUUCUCAGAAUCUAAAGCUGAGAUCAAACAUGUGCAGGUGACUUGAAAUGAAGGUAAGAACUGAUUUUGUUUUACCUCAGGAUUUGGUUUAGCUAACAAACCUAACACACUAUAAACCUCUGAGGGGAAAUCCCUCCAUUGGAUUUUGCACUACAGCAGUAACAACUUUUUUUUUUGUCAAAGUAGAAAAACUAAGAACAUGUUGUCUUCCUUAUUUUUGCUACUAAGCUAAAAUAUAGUGUGAAUGUUUACAUUUAGUUCAGAAUUAUUUAGUUCCUUAAGAGGAACUGUUGAGGAGUGCAUGUCUGGGAUUAAAAACCUAAUGUGUUGGAAAACAUUUGAUGUUUGAAACCACAGUAUCAUAGUAAUGAAAAAAUAUGUAAACGUCAAUAAAUAGAAAAUAACAU